UCUCUGUUCCCCCCCGCCUCCUCGCCAUUAAAUCGAUGUCUUUGCAGCCUUAUUUAGAAUGUUUUAUGUACGACCCUGUCUAAGGGAGAUUCACAAAGUCAUAAACCAGCCUAUUUCUACAAUUUAUCUUCUUACAUUUUUAUUUUAAAUAUAACCAGAACCACACUGCUGACCGUAUGUCUAACCUUAACCCCAAAUUAAGACAAAAUAGCACAUUUUGGAUUUCAUAUAUUUUUACGAUAUAGCCCAUUUUGACUUUGCCGCUGGCCAUCUACUAGCUAGGUGGAUACCCAUACCAAAGAUUUGUUCUAUCUGUUCCGAUACCGGCCAAUCCAAAAUGGCGACCGCCGUUCCAGUUGAUUCGGGACUGACUGCUCCGACAGGGUCCAGUGCGUCUCGGAAAGUGGCAUCUCCAGAGAUGCCUGGAUCCAGUCAGAGUAUGAAGAAGACCAUUGGACACAGAGGAGUUGAGACGAACACUGGAGAGACCACCUAUAAGAAGACUACGUCGUCAGCCCUGAAAGGAGCAAUUCAGCUGGGCAUCACUCACACUGUGGGCAGCCUGAGUCAGAAGGCUGAGAGAGAUGUUCUCAUGCAGGACUUUGUGGUGGUCGAGAGCAUCUUCUUCCCCAGUGAGGGCAGUAACCUGACCCCUGCCCACCACUACAGUGAUUUCAGGUUUAAGACCUACGCCCCCAUCGCCUUCCGCUACUUCAGAGAACUAUUUGGCAUCCGGCCAGAUGACUACCUGUACUCUCUGUGUAACGAUGGCCUGAUAGAGCUGUCUAACUCCGGCGCCAGUGGCUCUCUCUUCUACGUGUCCAGUGAUGAUGAGUUCAUUAUCAAGACAGUGCAGCACAAAGAGGCUGAGUUUCUCCAGAAGCUACUACCAGGAUACUUUAUGAACCUGAAUCAGAACAAACGGACCCUGCUCCCUAAGUUCUACGGUCUGUACUGCAUCCAGGCGGGAGGGAAGAACAUCCGCCUGGUGGUGAUGAACAACCUGCUGCCCCGCGUGGUCCACAUGCACCAUAAGUACGACAUGAAGGGUUCCACCUAUAAGAGACGGGCCUCAGCCAAGGAGAGGGACAAGACUUUUCCCACCUUUAAAGACCUGGACUUCAUCCAGGACCUGCCUGAUGGACUACUGCUGGAGACGGACAACUACAACGCCCUUAGCAAGACCAUCCAGAGAGACUGCCUGCUCCUGCAGAGUUUUAAAAUCAUGGACUACAGUCUACUGGUGGGGAUCCAUAACCUGGAGCAGGCUAGUAGAGCGAGGGAGCGAGGUGGGGGGCAGAUGGGGGACAGUGGGGGGUCAGAGGGGGCGGUGACCCCAGACCAGCGCCGACCCCAGGCCCAGAAAAGUCUAUACUGCACAGCCAUGGAGUCUAUACAGGGAGAGGCCCGCGGGAAGGGAGCCCUGGAGUCUGAGGACCAUAUGGGUGGGAUCCCAGCCAGGAACUCUAAAGGAGAGAGGUUGCUGGUCUUUAUCGGCAUCAUCGACAUUCUGCAGUCCUACAGGUUCAUCAAGAAGUUGGAACACUCGUGGAAGGCCCUCGUCCAUGAUGGGGAUACAGUGUCGGUGCACAGACCAGGCUUCUACGCUGAACGCUUCCAACAAUUCAUGUGUAACACAGUGUUCAAGAAGAUCCCAUUGAAGCUCUCCCCAUCCAAGAAGUCUCGUGGUGGGGGUCCGGGGGGUCUGAGGAGAGCUCCUACCCUGGGAGGCCCCACCCCACUCUCCCACGCUGCUGGACAGUCUGUGAUGGACUCCCGACUUGUCUACCAAUCACACUUCAACAAGGCUGACGCAGAGGGAGACAGUAGCAUGCAGUCGGGCAGGCCAGACCUGGUGCCAAGGACACCUCCCCUGGCGGGAGGGUCAGGGGAUGCAGAGGCCAACUUUUCCACGUCCUCAUUAGGAAGCACAGGACUCACCUCCUCCUCUCCUCUGCUACAGUCAGUAGGGGUUGAGGUACAUAGAGCAGUAACAAGCACAGACCAAGACCACGGUGUCUCCCACAGUAUGGGUGCGGAAGUGGAAGCGUCAGGUGAUCAGUCGGGUAAUGAAGAUGCCAUCUCACUAUCCGACAUUGUCCCAGAGACUAACAUCUGCUUUUAACAACUGAUCUGGAGUCAUCUGAGGAAAAGGUGAUUCUGGAACCAAGGAGGUGGGUGGAAGAGUGAGAUGGGGACAGUUGUCUUGCAUCCUCCUUCCUCACUCUGUCGAUCCAUCCAUCCUUUUCUGCGGGGGAGGUUUGGAACAUACUUCAGGCUGACUGAACGGGAUGG